AUGGGUACACAAUUAAGUGCAUUGUUCUCUGGAGUUAGUCGAUUCUUCGAGUAUCCAGUAAAGAGAAAACCUAUAUGUUUCUACAGACAAGAAGAUUUUACUGCCACAGGUGAACCCAACAGGAAGUUACCCGAAGUGCAAAAGGUUUCAAUGACAGACUAUGACAAAUUAGUUGAGUUGUUUUAUACGAGACUUGCUGAGCAGAGACAAUACAAUCAAGAAAUGAAAGAAAAAGAUCGCAGAUGGAGCAUGCAAAAAAUGGUGAAAAGAUUUCCAGGGUGGAACGAGGUGGCCAUCGCAAACCUGCACAGUUUGUUCCUGCUAUUCGAUAAUCAGUCCAAUGGCAUGCUGGGUUUUGAUGACUUCGGAGCAGUGCUGGAGAGCCUUGGCGAUGAGACUCCUAUGGACGUGCGCAAAGAGAAGUUCACUAAUGCAGACACAGAUAAUGACGGGUGGAUCACUUACGAUGAGUUUUUGUCACUGGUUUAUAAUUUUAAUCCACAAGAGACUCAGACGAACGAAGAUGAGCCUGUAAAAGUAACAGGAUUGGCAGCUCUGGUCAACGAUGUAGCCGACAAUAUACAGUUCGUCAGCAACUUGACAGUUGGGGAACAACUGGAAUAUGGAUUGUUUUAA